AGUUAGUCCAUUUGCUGCCCUUCUUCAGGCCAAUAUCAUACCCCGUUUGCUAUAAGGGGAAUAGAGCAAUUUAACUGAUCCACUUGAUCUGCGCUCUGGUGUUGCUCCUACGUCUCAUAGUAGCAACACGCGUCACUCCGGAUAAUGUCGCAAGCGGACGGUAAUCUCGUUCGACUGUCAUUUACCCCAGAAUGCAUGAUAAAUACCCAAGGGUGCCCCUAAGAAUCUAUACAUAUGAGCCUUUGAGAGCAGAUCUAGUAUUCUCCCUGUGUUCAUUUAAUUCGAGUAUUUACUCUCCUUGACAAAGAAUGGUCUUCUCCAAGGGAGCAGCUCUUGCUGCUCUGUCCUCUCUUAUGACUUUUACCCAACCCGCAUUUACCAGUUCCAAUGGGCAAUUGCCACUUCUGAAAGAUUUCGAUGAGACUGGCACACUCGGUGCUCUCUACCAGCCCAACUCUGCAAGCGCACGAUCACGCAUCGCCGUCUACGUUAUGCAUGCGGAGCAGGACUACACUGCUUUUGUGGCCUGUACAGAGCUGCCUAAGCGCGGUUUCACUACUUUCUGCGCCAACAAUGAAGCUAGCAAGUAUGGAUAUAUGUCCGACCUGAACUUUGAGGACAUGAUGGCAGAAAUCAACACCGGUAUGGCCUGGCUACGCAACCUGACCGACAUCGACAAGAUUGUUAUCCUCGGCCAUAGCGGCGGCGGCGCAAUGAUGGCAGCAUACCAAAACAUCGCGGAGAACGGUGUAUCAGCCUGCAAUGGUGCUGAGAAGAUCUACCCCUGCUCCGACGCGAUGGCUAAUCUUGAACCUGCUGAUGGCCUAAUGUUGCUAGAUGCCAAUUACGGUCUUUCGACUAUGGCGUUACUGAGCCUGAACCCUGCGAUCGAGGAUGAGACCGAUGCAUCUAAGUUGAACCAAUCCUUGAGUGUCUACAACCCUGCCAACGGAUUCAACAAUAAUACCCAGUCGAACUACACCGCCGACUUCAAACACCGGUUCCAACAGGGUGUCGUGGCACGGAACAACUGCAUCUUACAGUAUGCCCAGAAGCGCCUAAAGGCACUCGAGGCCGGCAAGGGAAUGUUUGGUGACGAUGAGCCCCUGACUAUCCCAGCUUCACUCUAUAUUGGAUUCAACAAUCUAUUCUUUGCCCAGGACACCCGGUACCUGCACCACACCACAUAUUCCUGGCCUUUGCUCCGUAAGAACGGCACCACAACCGGGGCGCUGAAGACCACCAUCCGUCGAUUUUUAUCUACCUUUGCCAUCCGCGUCACCGACAAAUUCAACAUCAAGGCAGACAACAUAGAGGGCAUUGGCUAUGCCUCGAGCCAGACAGCACCACAUGCAUCCGUUCAGGGUAUUCGCGUACCUCUUCUAACCAUGGGCAUGACUGGUCAUUACGAGUACUUAAAUGCUGAGAAGCUCCACCUUAAUGCCAUCAGCAAUGACACUGCGAUUGCCUUCGUCGAGGGAGCUCAGCACACCAUCAACACUUGCACCGAGUGCGAGUCCUAUCCGGGUGAAUUUGGGGACACUAUUGUGACGUGUUUCGAUUAUGUUGCGGAGUGGUUGGCGAAGCCAGGGUGCUUCAUCUAG